AUGCCAAUCAAACCUCAGUAUGAAUGGGAGCAAACAGUGGAUGAUGUAUUGCUACACAUAGCCAUCAAAGGAUACAAGAAGAAUGCCGUUGAUGUGUUCGUUUCCGAUGUUUUUGUGAAGGUUAAUGCCGCACCUACUUACUUGCUUACACUUGAUCUUCUUCACUCUGUUGUCGUAGACCAAUGUGUGCAUUAUUUCGAUAGCGAGAAUUCCUUUCUAUUGCAUAUCAGACUCAAAAAAGCAGAUCCAGGCCUUGUUUGGAAAAUUCUCUGUGUUCCAUCGGAUGAAGUUUCCAAAAAGGAAAUCCUGGAACGUCGUAUACAAUCCAUGCAUAAGGCAGAGGAGAAUUAUAAUCUAAUGCUUAAACUCCGAGCAAAGCAGCGUGAAACUGAGAACCGACGCAUGACAGAGGCACAAUGGGAGGUGGAAAAGGAACAGCGGCGCGUCAUUGAGAAUCGCUUUAACUCCGAGAAAGCUGCCGCUGAGGAGGAUCUCUAUGCCUGGGAAGAUACUCAUAAAUUGAACGGGACGACGACCUCCCGAGCCACACCAGAGUCACCUGGAUGCAUUUUACCUUUAACAAAUGAGCAUGAUUCAGCUGGAGCAUUAUCCGAAGAAUCUCAGACGAAUGACAAUCCACCGCCAGUGCGUGGGCCAAGCACCGUUAACGUGGCCAUUGACUUUACACCUAAGAUGUUUGUUCUGCCGACCCGCUCUCGUGGCGAUGAGGAGUACUACCGCAAAAGCCGCUACAAGCCAGUGUCGAUCGAAGAUAGUCCCAUGUUCUGGAAGGAAAAGGGUGACCAGCACUACCGCACACACGAGUGGAGGUUGUCUGCGGACGCUUACUCGGAGUCGAUUAAGCGUGAUGGCGUCUUUCUUACCUGUGUUAUGAAUCGCGCCGCCUGCUUUUUGCACAUGGGUGAAUAUAAGCGGGCCAUCGAAGACUGUACCUUAGCCCUGACGUUGUUGGGAAACAUGCCUGCGAGUGAGAUAACACAGGAUCGGUAUCGUUAUCUUUUAACGACUUUACAUGCUCGGCGUGGGGCAGCAUAUUGCUGGAAUGAUGACCUUGUACAUGGCGUCACCGAGUUACGCAUGGCGUCUGCUUAUCGUGAUCCGGACGGCGACGAUGACAUCGUUAAAGAUUUGCAGGUAGCGGAACAGCUAAUGGCGGAGCGUGGGUUGACCAUCGACGCCGCUCAGGAUCCGUUGGAUAGCUUAUUACAAAAUGCAUCCUCACUGUACUAUCGUCAAGACUACGCGGCUGCGGUUGAGGUGUACCGUGAGGUUCUUGCAAAAGAUCCCUAUCGAGUGCAUGCCCAUAGUAACCUAAGCGCGUGCUUACUGCUACUAGGGCGUUUCAACGAAGUUGUCGAGGAAUGUGAGCACAUCAUUGAUUUCUGUAAGGAGGUCGCCGCAGCUCUGAAUCAGCCUGGUAUUUUGUCUUCGGACGGUAACGAUAUGGACAGCGACGAUGAAAAUUUUGAAUUAGGGGAUGAGGAGGAAGGGGAAGAACUUUUCAUGUCUUCCGGGAGGGUUGAAACCGAUGGUGAUAGAGGUAAGAUGGAUCACUUCAAAGGGAAGAUGGUCCGGGAGCGUCGUGCGGCAGCUGCAAAGCUGAGCCAAAACAGUGCCCAUGUUUAUCUUUUGCUUAAGGCUUAUGUGCGGAUGGCGGCAGCCCACUGUGGCCUUAAGGAUUACCGAAAAUCACAUGUGUUUCUCGAACAGGCCCUUCGCAUCACGCCCUACGAUAAUGAUUUGCUAGAUGAUUGUAAUCGUCUGGCUGAGAAGAUUCGCUUGGAUACUUUGGUUGCUGCAUCUACCACAGGGAAGGUUGCAUAA